AUCAGAUGGCAGCAUAGAAGUUUAGGAAGGUGGCAACUCUAUAAUUAAAAGGCGCUGAGGCGACGCGUGCCUGAAUUCGUAUAAAAAUUUAAAUAAAAAAAUGUCCAGCGACAGUGAGCCAUAUUACAGCAAUGAGGAGGAGGAGGAGGAUGAAGUCAUUAGCAACACCAGUUCAGGCCGAUCAAGCCGAUCCUCGCGCCCCACUAACCGUUAUAGCAACGCAAAUAGCAAUUCUGGUGUCGUCAUCGAUGAAACAGAGUCUGAGGCACCAGAUACUGAACUAGGCGAGUCCGCAUCCGAGUCCGAGGAGGACAGCGUGGGCCCGGGGACCAAGAAAACUAAGGGAAACCGAUUGCGCCCACCAGCAAUUCUUUCCGACAGCGACGAGGACGAACUGGAUCAGAGAGCUCUCUCACCUUGCACUAGAAUGAGUAUCACCGGAGUAAGACCACAGGAUUUGGGAGAUGACGACAGCGAGAUCGAAUACAGCGAUGAGGUGUCAAAGUCCCCGGACACCCCUAUUGGAAGGGAGGAUGCUGCUGCCUCCCGCUACCGCCAGGCCAUUGAGGGACCGCCGCUCUCACCGCGCUACAGUACUCAGUUCGUGGGCAACAUCGAGGAGACUCUUCAUUCCACUAUUUUUCCAGUAACUGAAGAUGUGGGUCCCCACGAAGAUUCCAGCGGCAGCGAUGUGCUGAUCCUCAGCAAUAAGGAGACCCCAAUCGAGAUUUCGAGCUCAAGUGCCGACGACGAAGUUGUUGAGAACAAAGAGAACAUAUCCGGUCCUCCCUUUGUACGCCCCUCGAGGUCCUAUUCGCCCAGGAGCAGUGCUGGCGCUCCGGCCAAGACUACCAAAAACCUUAGUCAGCCCACGAUUCAGGCGGCACUGCAGCAGCGUAAGAGCCGCGUUAAGAGCGAAGAUCAAGACCCAAACCAGAAGUUGGUAAGCCAAGAUUAUUACAAUAAGGAGUUGCACUCCCUCUCCAAGUUGCGUGUAGAACUGACCGACGCAGAGAAGCUCUACGAGAAGGUGGCUAACAAGCUGCCCGACAAGGGCACCCAGAUUCUAAAGCGUAUCGAAAAUUUGCGUAAUGAAGUAGUGGCCAAAAGCGCAAUGGUGGAUAAUCUUCAGGUUCAGACUCCUAAGAUUCCCGCCAUUAGGGUGAUGGAUUUCGCAAAGCAGACUGCAAUGCCUUUGCAAGAUAACUCUCCUGACUGGGACGAACUCUCGGCGGCGGUCAAUCAGAUCAAGCCCGUGUAUACUGGAACCCAGGGAAUGGCCACGUUCAACAACCAAAAGGCUUUGACUUUGGAGUCCCUCAAGGACCUCCAUGGCUCGUUGAAAGACUGUCCAGGACCCGACGUCUUGGCCGAAGAUCCCAAGGGCCUGAAAGUUUCUUUGAUGGACCACCAGAAGCACGCCUUAGCUUGGAUGGCAUGGCGUGAGCAGCAGCGUCCUCGCGGCGGUAUCCUUGCCGACGACAUGGGCUUGGGAAAAACCCUGACCAUGAUAUCGUCUGUACUGGCCUGUAAGAAUAGCCAGGAGAGCGGGGAGGACAAAGAUUCGGAAAGCGACGACAGCGAUGAUGAGAAGGGCAAGAAAAAGGGCGCUGGAGGAUGGAACUCUAAAGGGCGCAAAGGCUCCUACAAAGGUGGUACCUUGGUGGUGUGCCCAGCAAGUUUACUGCGUCAAUGGGAGAACGAAGUGGAGUCCAAGGUGGCGCGGAACAAGCUGACCGUCUGCGUCCACCACGGUAUCAAUCGGGAGAGCAAAGCGAAGCAUCUGCGCACCUAUGACAUUGUUGUUACCACUUAUAAUAUUGUGGGCAGGGAGCACAAAGAGCAGGCCGCCGUAUUCGGGGUCAAGUGGCGUCGUAUCAUUUUGGACGAGGCUCACGUGGUUCGGAAUCACAAGGCGCAGUCUUCCAUAGCAGUUAGUGAUCUGCGGGGAAAGUACCGAUGGGCCUUGACCGGUACCCCCAUCCAAAACAAAGAGCUGGAUGUUUAUGCGUUGCUAAAGUUCCUUCGCUGCUCACCGUUUGACGAUCUCAACACGUGGAAGAAGUGGAUUGAUAACAAAAGUGCCGGCGGGCAGAACCGUUUAAAUCUGUUGAUGAAGUCUCUCAUGCUCCGGCGCACCAAGGCACAGUUGCAAGUGGAAGGCAAGCUCAAUAACUUGCCCAACAAGGAGCUGCGCAUGAUCGAGAUUUCAUUGGACAAAGAUGAGAUGAACGUUUACCAGAUGGUGAUGACCUACUCGCGGACUCUGUUUGCCCAGUUCCUCUUUCAGCGUGCCGAGAAGGACACUGAGUUCAAUUUCAGAUCUGAUGCGAACAAGCCAACUUACAAUCAGGUCAAAGAUCCCAAUGGAGCUUACUAUAAAAUGCACCAGAAAUUCUCCAAAAUGGCUGGCGGAAAGAAAGAAGUAAAGUCCCAUGAAAUUUUGGUGUUGUUGCUCCGGCUGCGUCAAAUUUGCUGUCAUCCUGGGCUCAUCGAUGCGAUGCUCGAGGGAGAAGAAGCCAACAAUAUGCAAGCUGAAAGCAGUGACAGCGACUCUCCUGAAAUCGACUUGCUGGCGCAGCUUAACAAGCUGACCAUCAAGGACACUUCCACUUCUUCUAAUCACGGUGAUAGCUUUGGGCGGGAUGAACAGGAGGAGCCUCCGUUGCACGGAGAGGAAGCCCGCGUUGCAAAAGCCUCUAAAAAUCUUCUAAAGAGAACCAAUCCCGUUUUUAAUUUGAAACGGCCCUCGUCCAAAAUGCUUAAAGUGAUGGAAAUCCUAAAGACCUCGAUUCUAAAAAGCAAAGACGACAAAGCCAUAGUCGUAUCGCAGUGGACUUCGGUGCUGGAUAUAUUACGCGACCACUUGGAACAUGCGGGUUUGCCUACGCUCUCGCUGAAUGGAACCAUUCCCGUUAAAAACCGGCAGGACAUUGUGAAUCAGUUUAAUAAUCGGCAAAGUGACAAGCGUAUCCUGUUACUGUCCCUAACCGCUGGCGGUGUGGGCUUGAAUCUCAUCGGUGCCAAUCAUCUCUUGUUGUUGGACUUGCACUGGAAUCCUCAGCUGGAAGCCCAGGCCCAAGAUCGUAUUUACCGCGUUGGCCAAAAGAAGGAUGUUAUCAUUUACAAGUUUAUGUGCGCGGACACUGUCGAGCAGAGGAUCAAGGCGUUGCAGGAUAAGAAACUAGAACUGGCCAAUGGCGUGUUGACCGGCGCCGCUGUCAGUUCUAAACUCACUAUUGAUGACCUGGAGGAUCUCUUUGGAAUGUAAAUUGGCACUUAAAUUUAGCUUUCAGCCCUCGAAUUUGGCUUCUUAAUUUUGAAUCAUUCCAACAGAAAAAGGAAGUAAUCUUUAUUUACAGCGAAAUGUUUAUUCAAGUUAAUUUUAUAAUUGUUUUUUGUUUGUUUUUAUUUCUUGGUUUCGAAGCAUUGUAUUAAAAUUAACUAGUAUACCAUUAAUAUUGUUUAGUGUUUUACAAUGAGUUCCAUUUAUAGUGAAAUGUGUGUUCUACUACGAUUUAAUUUUCUUAACGUUACUAUUUCGCGAUGUCUGUUGAAGCGGAUUCAAACAAAUUCCACUACAAUUUGAAUAGCAUAACAUAUUUGGUUUUUGUCAAACUGUACAAAAGAAGACAUUAAUUAAUAAAUGAAUAUCUUAAGAUUAGAACAGUACGCUACACUACUCUCAGAUCAGCCGGAUCAGUUCUCACGAAGUAUUAAUGUACCGCAUGCUUCUUAACAUGGCAGCGCACAGCCCACAAAAAUGUAAUGUACGUUUUCUAUAUAGGACAUAAUUAAAGAGUUAAUGUUUCAAGCUGAUAAUCUCAAAUCGAUUACACCCUUUAUAUUGAACAAUCUUGAUUAAGCUGAUGUGAUUUCUUGCUAAUCGGUUGCUGCUGUACAACGAUAAUUUUUGAUAAAAGUGCUCAAGCUUAGGACUAGAAUCGUUUUUCAAAACGUGUGCCUAUUAUGAGUCUGGAGUAAUUUUCUGGUGAAAAUUUGUGCAAGUCUAUAUUAGAUUCUUGAUUAUUUUUUCAGAGAAACUUGAAAAUUAACUAAGUUAUAUACAAUACAUGAGUUAAUUAUAUAGAUACACACAUCAUGAUUUAUCAUAGUCUCAACAUGCAGUAUAGUUCAAAUUUUUUAAAUUAUAUAUGGAUAUUUUUAAUUUUUUUUUUGUCGGUUUGAGAUCAAUUUGAAAACGUUUUCGGGGGAUAAACAUUUAGAGUCUAGAAUCUAGAUGAUUUAUUCUUUGUAUUCUUCACCUUGGAAUAAGACAAAGCCUAGUUAGAUAUUAGAUAACUUUUCUUCGGGAAUUCGGAAGUUUGAGUUGUCGCUUUCGGUUAUUUUUUGGGCCAUCUAUUGUUGUGGGUUUCAGAGUAGUUGUGGGUUUCCAGAUACUUUUCAGUUAUCG